AUGCGAAUCGAGGAGCUUCCGGGCGAUCCGGGUGGAGGACGAGGUGGAGAGGGCGGGGAGGAUGAGCUGCUGCUGCCGCGUCGCGAGGAUGGCGACGCGGCGGAGGGCGAGAGUGGAGUGGUGAUGCGGGUGGCCGUCGACGCGAAGCGCGCGGCGGUGGGUGUCGGCGCUCGGAUGCUUUUCUAUCCGACGCUUGUGUACAACGUCGUUAGGAAUCGGUUCGAGGAGCACUUCCACUGGUGGGAUCAGAUCGAUGAGCAUGUCCUGCUGGGUGCUGUUCCAUUCCCUAGCGAUGUUCUCCGGCUAAAGGCGCUUGGAGUUUGUGGUGUGGUGACACUUAAUGAAUCGUACGAGAGGCUUGUUCCCACAUCCCUCUACGAGGCUCAUGGAAUCGAAAACCUGGUGCUACCAACAAGGGAUUACCUUUAUGCGCCUUCAUUUGUUAACCUUUGCGAAGCUGCUGACUUCAUCCACAGAAACGCUUCAUGUGGGAAAUUGACGUAUGUGCACUGCAAAGCUGGACGAGGACGUAGCACUACGGUUGUCAUUUGCUAUUUGGUGCAAUAUAAAAAUAUGACUCCUGCUGAAGCUUACGAACAUGUCCGCUUGCGUCGGCCUAGGGUAUUAUUAGCUCCUGCACAGUGGCAAGCUGUGCAAGAGUUCUAUCAACUAAGAGUGAAGAAAACUGGGAGAUCUAGUCGCCUGGACAAUGCUUUAAUCAAGCCACCAUUGUUCCUUGCCACUCACAACCUUGUUGCCUUUGACGAUAGCGCAUUUGUGUUGGUCUCAGAAUCAGACCUCGAAGGGUAUAAUGCGGAUGCACUGGCACUUAACAUGGGCAGUGGAUUGUGGGAGGUAAGCUUGAUAUACCGUGUCCAGUUUGCGAGCAAGGCAGCUUUUGCUGGGUUUUCGUAUCUGUGGCUUCGAUGUCGUGCCUGCAAGGAGGCUCUACCUGAGAAUGUGGGGAGAGAGAGCUGCUCUCUUGAGGUUGAGCAGCUAACAACUGGUCAUCCCUGUCUACUACAAGGUGUCGUGGUUAAUCCAUGA